UGUGUGUGUGUGUGUGUGUGUGUGUGUGUGUAUUUCGGUUUCUGGUUGUGCGGAAACACAGCUGCAGAGACAUGGCGAGUGGACAGAGAUACCGAGACAAGGUGGUGAUUGUGACCGGGGGGUCGAAAGGCAUCGGCAGGGGCGUCGUUAAAGUGUUCGUGCAGAACGGAGCUAAAGUGGUUUUCUGUGCCAGAGGAGCUCAAGCUGGUAAACAGCUGGAGGAAGAGCUUAAUAAAGCGGGGCCAGGGUCGUGUCUCUUCCUGUCCUGUGACAUCUCUAAAGAAGAGGACAUUAAGACGCUGAUCUCCACAACCGUCGAGCGCUUCGGACAGAUCGACUGUCUGGUGAAUAACGCAGGCUGGCAUCCUCCUCACAAACCCACAGAUGAGACCAGCGCCGAGGAGUUUCGAGAUUUACUCAACCUGAAUCUAAUCAACUAUUUCCUUGCGUCCAAGUAUGCGCUUCCACACCUGCGGAAAACACAAGGCAACAUCAUCAACGUCUCCAGCCUGGUGGCGACUAUCGGACAGAAACACGCCGCUCCAUACGUAGCCACCAAGGGGGCGAUCAUCUCCAUGACCAAAGCUAUGGCUGUAGAUGAAAGUCGCUACAAUGUGAGAGUUAACUGCAUUUCUCCGGGUAACGUGAUGACGCCUCUGUGGGAGGAGCUCGCAGACCAAACACCUGACGCAGCCGCCGCCAUUAAAGAGGGAGAGAACGCACAGUUGCUAGGGCGUAUGGGCACCGAGGAGGAAAGUGGACUGAUGGCUCUCUUCCUGGCGGCUGACGCCACUUUCUGCACCGGAAUAGACCUGCUGCUGAGCGGAGGAGCCGAGCUCAACUACGGCUUCAAAAGUCAGAUUCCUUAAAAAAUAAAACAUUUACCUCGUGUGAGCCGAUACGUCUGUCUCUGUCACACAUCAAGGCUGAUGAUUAAAAGAGAUGAUUGUUUACUUUUUUUACUAACGAUUCUAUAAUUAUUUCCCUCUUCAGACAGAACGGCACAUAAUACCACAUGUGACACAAUACCACUGAUUUGUAGCUGUUUUUCUAAUGAAUUUUUAAAUACACUUGAUUUUACAGUAAAGUUAUUUACUAAUGCAGAAACACAUUCUUGCACAUUCCUGAUUUUUUACUAAUUUUCCUCAUAUCAGAAAUUAAAAGUUUUAUUAAAAAGGUGAAAUUUUAAUACGAA